GUGCUCUAUGAGGUUUUUCUCUGCAGAGUUUUUGCUACUCAGAACUAUUGGAAAGUGGGUGAGGUGGAGCCUUGGGAUCAGCUUCCUAGGACAGUGUCUUUGGACUUAAGGAGUUCCAACCGAUUCCGGCAUUACGGAUGCUGAGAGAGGGGCUGCUGCUGGGAUAUGGAUCCGUUAUCAAGUUCAUCCUUUUUUAAAGCAAUAUGAUAUGUUAGUCUCUUUUACUCACUUGGUUUCCUUCUGAAAGCUUCCACGUCAGCAGGAGGUAGGUAAGGUGAGCAGCACUUGCCUCCUGAAUUAAUUGGCAUGCCCCAUGCCCAGGUGCUCUGCUUUUCUGCUUUAUUUUUUCUCAGCUCGUUGCGCCAAAGCAUUUUAUUUUUAAGGGAGCUACUGUACUCUCCCUAUCUACAGGAAACAGAAUUAAAAAAAAAGGAAGAGUUUGGCAAGGCGCCAAGCCCAGUGACUGAAGUGAGAAGUAGGGAACUUGUAGUAAGUUCAGUGAGCAGGACAUUGCAUGUCAGAGCGUGUUGGCAGAGGAUUUUAAGGGUCUCGGAGACAAGCAGGCGAUGCCCGUUCCACAGCGCGAAGGAGCUUCGCCCUCUUAGAUGAAUGUCCUGGCACCGUGACUGCGAGCGGAGCCGUCGGUCUUGGGAGGGGAUAAAACUGCGUGUAAAUGAGAAGAGAGGAGUGUACCGGACUGCUAUGGAGGGCAGAAACUUUGUUGCUGUGACUUUUACAAGCCUCCAAGGAAGUUCCAUGGAGUUGCACUAAAAUAAAGUUUUGGGAUGUCUCUAUUUGGAUUAAAAUUUGGAAAGAAGAAAUUGAAAGAGGAAGAGAGACAUCUUCAAGCAAACAACCGGGAUUUUAAUCUGCGGUUUGAAUAUGCUAACAAUUCAAUUAAAACAUCGAAAUACAACUUCUUCACUUUCCUGCCUCUCAACCUGUUUGAACAGUUCCAGCGAAUAGCAAAUGCUUACUUUCUUUUCCUGCUGAUCUUGCAGCUGAUUCCUCAGGUUUCCUCACUGUCCUGGUUUACAACGGUGGUGCCCCUCGUGCUGGUGCUGACUGUAUCAGGAGUGAAAGAUGCCAUUGAUGAUUUUAACCGACACAAAAGUGACAAACACGUCAACAACCGCCCAGUCCAGGUCCUGAUCAAUGGCAUGUUAAAGGAUGAAAAAUGGAUGAAUAUCCAAGUGGGGGAUAUAAUAAAACUAGAAAACAACAACUUUGUAACAGCCGACCUACUGUUACUGUCAAGCAGUGAGCCGCACAGCCUGACAUACAUCGAGACAGCUGAACUGGACGGUGAGACAAACCUGAAGGUGAAGCAGGCACUGACAGUCACUGCAGAGCUUGGAGAAGAUCUUCAGAAACUGACAGAGUUCAAUGGUGAAGUCAAAUGUGAGGCACCAAACAACAAACUGGAUAAGUUCAUGGGCACUCUUACUCUUCGAGGAGAGAAGUACGCGCUAGACAAUGAGAAGAUGUUGCUGAGGGGCUGCACUAUUAGGAACACAGAAUGGUGCUUUGGUCUUGUUAUUUAUGCUGGGCCAGACACUAAACUAAUGCAGAACAGUGGUAAAACAACUUUUAAGCGGACAAGCAUCGAUCGACUCAUGAAUGUCCUUGUGUUGGUGAUCUUUGCGUUUUUAGCACUGAUGUGUCUUAUCCUAGCCAUUGGCAAUGGCAUCUGGGAGCAUGAGAGGGGCUACUACUUCCAGGUCUAUCUGCCCUGGGAAGAAGGCAUCAACUCUGCAUCCUACUCUGGCUUCCUCAUGUUCUGGUCAUACGUCAUCAUUCUAAACACAGUGGUGCCAAUUUCACUCUAUGUCAGUGUAGAGAUUAUACGUUUGGGUAACAGUUUCUACAUUGAAUGGGACCGUAAAAUGUAUUACCCACUGAAUGACACGCCGGCUCAGGCCCGUACCACGACACUCAAUGAAGAGCUGGGGCAGAUCAAGUACAUUUUCUCAGACAAAACAGGAACCCUCACUCAGAACAUCAUGUGUUUCAACAAGUGCUCCAUCAAUGGCAAAUCCUAUGGUGAUGUGUAUGAUAUGUCUGGGCAAAGAAUAGAAAUAAAUGAGAAGACAGAGAAGGUUGACUUCUCCUACAACCCAUUAGCCGACCCGAAGUUUGCCUUCUAUGACCAUAGCCUGGUUGAAGCUGUGAAGCUGAGUGACGUUCCGACUCACAGGUUCUUCCGGCUGCUCUCACUUUGCCAUACAGUGAUGCCAGAAGAGAAGAAGGAAGGUAACUUGGUGUAUCAGGCACAAUCUCCUGACGAGGGAGCCCUUGUCACUGCUGCCAGAAACUUUGGAUUUGUGUUCCGGGCUCGCACACCAGAGACCAUCACUGUUGUGGAAAUGGGAGAAACAAAAAUCUACAAACUCCUGGCUAUUCUUGAUUUCAACAAUGUUCGCAAGCGAAUGUCUGUCAUUGUGCGGAGUCCAGACGGUGACUUGACUUUGUACUGCAAGGGAGCUGACACCAUUCUUUACAAACUGCUUGAUUCAUCCUGUGACACUCUCAAAGAGGAGACCACUGAACACCUAAAUGAGUUUGCUGGUGAAGGUCUGAGAACGCUCGUGGUGGCCUACAAAAACCUGGAGGAAGAUUACUUUCAGGACUGGAUCAGGCGUCACCACGAAGCAAGCACUGCCUUGGAAGGACGGGAAGAUAAGCUCUCAGAGUUAUACGAAGAGAUUGAAAAAGACCUAAUGCUGCUAGGUGCCACAGCAAUUGAGGACAAGUUACAAGACGGAGUCCCACAGACAAUUGAGACUCUUGCCAAAGCCAACAUUAAGAUAUGGGUUCUCACUGGAGACAAGCAAGAGACAGCAAUGAAUAUUGGUUACUCCUGCAACUUGCUGAAUGACGACAUGGAAGAUGUUUUCAUUAUUGAAGGCAGCACAUCAGACGAUGUACUUAAUGAGCUGAGGAAUGCAAGGAAAAAGAUGAAGCCAGAUUCCUUUCUGGACAGUGAUGAAAUCAAUAUUCAGUUUGAAAAAUCUUCAAAAAAACAAAGGAUUAUGCCUGACGAGCAAGCAAAUGGGGUGUACGGUCUGGUGAUCACCGGCCACAGCCUGGCAUAUGCGCUGGAAGGGAACCUGGAGCUGGAGCUGGUGAGAGCCGCCUGCCUGUGCAAAGUGGUGAUCUGCUGCCGGGUGACUCCUCUGCAGAAGGCACAGGUGGUGGAGCUGGUGAAGAAGUACAAGAAGGCUGUCACCCUAGCAAUUGGAGAUGGUGCCAACGAUGUCAGCAUGAUCAAAACUGCCCACAUCGGGGUUGGCAUCAGUGGCCAGGAGGGGAUGCAGGCUGUUCUGUCCAGCGACUUCUCCUUCGCACAGUUCCGCUACCUGCAGCGCCUGCUCUUGGUCCAUGGCCGGUGGUCCUACAUCCGCAUGUGCAAGUUCCUCAAGUACUUCUUCUAUAAGAAUUUUGCCUUCACGUUAGUGCAUUUCUGGUAUGGCUUCUUCUCUGGCUUCUCAGCACAGACUGUCUAUGAUGAGUGGUUCAUUACGCUUUAUAAUUUGGUCUAUACCUCCCUGCCAGUGCUAGGAAUGAGCAUCUUUGAUCAGGAUGUGGAUGAUCGUUGGAGUAUGCUAUUUCCUCAGCUAUAUGUGCCUGGCCAGCAAAAUCUCUACUUUAACAAAAUGGUGUUUGUCAAGUGCAUGUUGCAAGGGAUCUACAGUUCCCUGAUUCUCUUUUUCAUCCCCUAUGGGGCCAUGUACAAUACAAUGAGAAGUGAUGGGAAGGCCAUUGCUGACUACCAGUCCUUUGCAUUGAUGACUCAGACUUGCCUACUGAUUGUGGUCUCUGUACAGAUUGGUCUGGACACUUCUUACUGGACAGUUGUGAACCAAUUCUUCAUCUGGGGCAGCCUGUCUGUUUACUUUGCUAUCACCUUCACCAUGUAUAGUGAUGGCAUGUACCUGAUCCUCACAGCCUCCUUUCCUUUCGUUGGUACGGCUCGAAACACCCUCAGUCAACCAAAUGUGUGGCUAGCAAUCUUCCUCAGCAUCACCCUCUGUGUACUGCCUGUAGUUGGCUUUCGAUUCCUGAAGGCUGAGCUAAAGCCAACUCCCAUCGAUAAAGUCCUGCUCAAGAUCAAAGAAGCCAAAAAGCGCCCGCCUCCACCCUCGCCCAAGAGACGCCUGCGCCGGACCAGCACCCGCCGCUCUGGCUAUGCCUUCUCCCAUCAGCAUGGCUUUGGAGCACUCAUCAUGUCUGGGAGAAACAUGCGGCCAAAGUCACCUUUUGCCACAACGGGAACGUUUUCACCAAAUAGUGACAAAUAUAAACACAAAGGACUGUAAAAGAAAGAGAGAAAGAGAGAGAGAAAGAAAGAAAGAA